AUGGAGGGCAGCGGCGGCGGCGGCGGCGGGGCGGAUCCUGGCCCGGCCACGGCCCCGGGCGGGGAGGGCGAGGGCUGCGAGGGGCUGUGGGAGCUGCCGGUGGAGUGCUGCGAGAGGCGGCCCGUGUGCGGGCGCUGCAGCCGUCCUCAGAAGGUGUGUUUGUGUCCUUUCCUGCCUGUACAUCCACUAAAGGUCUCCACCUGCCUGUAUAUAAUUCAGCAUCCAGCAGAGGAAAGUCGAGUGUUAAGAACGGUACCUUUGCUAGCAGCUUGUCUCCCUCCAGACAAAUGCAAAAUUUUGGUUGGUCGACGUUUUAAUGAAGACAGGUAUCCUGAAUUAGCAACUGUGUGCAGAAAUCCCAAUACUCUAAUUUUGUAUCCUGGAGCUGAAGCAACCAACUUGGAAGAAGUUGCAGUGAUGUCUUCUAGUCCAUCUGUUAUGAUUAUCAUCGAUGGAACAUGGAGUCAGGCUAAAGAUAUAUUUUACAAAAAUUCUCUCUUCCGCCUUCCCAAGCAAGUGCAGUUAAAACCCAGUAUUUCAAGUCAAUAUGUAAUUCGUACACAACCAACAAACACCUGUCUGUCUACUCUUGAAUGUGCAGCUGUUGCUCUUUCCAUCAUGGAAAAAAAUAAGAGUAUACAAGAGACUAUACUCCAUCCACUUCAAGCUUUAUGCUCUUUCCAACUUCAGCAUGGUGCCCAGAUCCAUCACAGCAAGGAACAUCUUCUCAAAAAUGGCUUAUAUGACAAGCCCAUGCCAAAGAAUAAACGCAAACUCAGAAGAAUGGAGCUUCUGGUGAAUAAUGUUAAAAUAUAAGAAAGCUGUACUGACUGUACAGAGGGAUUUAUUUGCAGCUAGCAAAUGAAUAUGAAUCUAGAUUUGAUCCAAACAGUUGACUAUACUCUAAUAAAACACCUUUUAGGUCCUUCUUCGGCAAGAGUUUAUCUACCAGUGUGACAAACAGUAAUGGACAAGCUUUUUCAUUUAUGCACUAACCCAGGUGCCUUUGUUCAGAUGAUGGAGGAGCAUUCUCAUUUCCUGUAGAGAAGAGGAAGAAAACUGAACAUAAUUUAGAGUCAUGUUAUCGCUUGGGUGUCAGAUAUGAUCCUCAGUAUGACUGGAUGAAUUUAUUUUGGAGAGGCUUUUACCAGUACAAAAAGAGAAGAAAUGUGAAUAUGUAUGUGAUAGAAUGGUAAGGCCUCAACAGUUAGAAUUAUGUUGAAUAUUACUGAGGUUUUUAUCUUCAGUAUCUAACUACAGUAGACUUUCAAAGCGUAAUUCCCGAUAUUCUUUAGUUCAGAUGAACAUAAGGCAUGUUAUUUGGACAGUUCUUUCUAACUUUGAGAUUUUUAUUUCUUCUAUAAUUAGAACUCCUUUUUGUAAAUUUACUUAUUUUUUUACAAUGCAGUCAGGUUUAGUUUCUCCCAGAAUUAAUUUUUAAAUUAAGUCUGCAUAUGUUUUUACAAGAAAUUGAACAAUUCUGACUUAAGAAAAGAAAAGUAGAAAUCGUGAUUUUUGGAAUUAUAACUCAGGUGCUUUGCUUUUACUUGAGCAAAAAUUAGUCUUCCACAGAUGGGAUGUUGUGGAUGUAAAUACAUCAUACCCAUACUCUGACAUACAAUGAUUGUGCUACUAAAGGAAUUAAACAAGCCAAGUGCAAACUACUCUGUAAGAAGUAUGAUGCAAUGACAAAUUAUUAUAUCUGGUUACAGCCAACUAACAUAAUUAUAGAUCCUCUAGGCUUCACGUGUUUAGUUUUUAACUUCUAACAGUGAUAUAAAUGUACUUCUUUCUAAUGGGAAUUGCUAGAAGCAGAAGAAUUGGGUAUUUUUACAGGCUUUCUGAAAUAAUAUUUUAUGAUCUAGAGGGAAAAGUAAAGUGAAGUAAAGGUUCUGAUAGUCCUUUCUUCUACACAGAUGCCUCCUGUAUUUAAGAGAUUAAAAUGAUAAUUGUUUGUCUUUACUGUCAGUUCCCCUCUAGGUAACAACAUGAAGCUAAUUGGGUACUAAUUAGUCUUAGAAAAAGAUAUUUUGUCUUUAAUUUAUGAUCUGUAAGACAAGAAACUACAGGAGUGUGGUGGAGGUGGGAUGAGGGUAUGUGUAAGCACAAGUAAAUGAAAGCUUUUCUGCAAUUAAUAAGAGAGGUCAAAAUUAGGUCAGAGAUUAGCUAAGAAGUUUUAGUUGACCCUGAGCUAAUAGUGACCUUUUGUUUAGGCACGGAUAAACAAUAUAAUUUGUCUGGCUAUGUGAGCAAAGCUUAUAUAACCUUUUCCUCUUCUCCCGGUCCAGAUAAAUCCGGUGUCUGUCACUAAAUUCAGCAAAGCUGAAUUAGUUUUGACAAAUCUGAAGCAAACCAGUCUCAUAUGAUUAAUGAUAGCAUAGAUGCACUCUUGUUCACAUUGGAACAGAGCAAGGGCAUGUUUAUUCCUGUAGCACACCAAUCUCCAGGCUAACUUGGAGUCUGAAGUUGGAGUCUUGUGUAAUUUGUGUGCAGAGCCUUGUGUGGGAUGCAGUGUCCACUUACCUGCUGGACUGGUAAUCUUCCUUCCCUGUGCCCUGGGACAUGGUCAAUAAUUCCUUGAGGAAACAUGGGUAUCAAUUAAGCUUUAUUGUUCAUGUCAUAUUUACAUACAUGGAUGAUGUUUGCAUUUGAUAUUGUAUACGUUAAUUUAAUUUACCUUAUUUUAAAUUGAUCUCCAGAAGCAGUGUAUCUUUUGGCUUACAUUUUGAAGUUUAUUUUACUAGGCAGAAGAUUUAAUGUGUCUUUACAUAAUAUGUGAGUUUAUAUUAUAGAGAACAGAAAGAAAUUUGUAUUACAGCCUGGGAUUCAUAGCCAUCUGCAAAAUGCCUUAGAAUUAGUGAACCCCCCAAUUAUGAUUCAUCUGCAAGACGGAUCACUACCUCUAGCAUCAAGAAGAAAAGAAGGGUAAUUGUAGUAGGUGAUUCCCUCCUGAAGGGAACUGAGGGCCCCAUAUGUCGACCAGACCCAUCCCACAGGGAGAUCUGUUGCCUCCCUGGGGCCCAGGUACAAAAUAUCACUGAGAGACUUCCUGGGCUGAUUCAGCCCUCUGAUUAUUACCCACUGCUGAUACUCCAGGCUGGCAGUGAUGAGAUUGAGAAGAGGAGUGUCAAGGCAAUUAGAAAGGACUUCAGGGUACUGGGUCAGGUAGUUGAUAGGGCAGGAGCACAGGUAGUGUUCUGCUCAGUCCCUUUGGUGGCAGAGGAAAAUGAUGAAAGAAACAGAAGAAUCCGCAUCAUCAACAAGUGGCUUAAGGGUUGGUGUCAUCGGCAAAAUUUUGGAUUCUUUGAUCAUGGGGAAACUUUUACAGCAUCUUCUCUGCUGGAACCAGAUGGGGCACACCUCUCUGUUAAGGGCAAAAGGUUUUUAGCUCAUGAACUGGCAGACCUUAUUGAGAGAGCUUUAAACUAGGUUUGAAGGGGGAAGGGGAACCAGCUGAGCUACCUGGAAACAGGCCCAAGAAUUGCAAGGCUGAGUUAGGGGUGAAGUCAGUAGCCCAGAUGAGGUGCAUGUAUACCAAUGCACGCAGCUUGGGCAACAAACAAGAAGAGCUGGAGGCCAUGGUGCAACUGCAGAGCUGUGAUGUAGUUGCCAUCACGGAAACGUGGUGGGAUGACUCACAUAACUGGAGUACUGCACUGGAUGGAUACAAGCUCUUCAGGAGAGACAGGAAAGGAAGAAGAGGUGGAGGGGUGGCCCUUUAUAUUAAGCAAACUUUUGAUGCCAUCGAAAUUGAAACUAAGGCAGAUGGAGUUGAAUGUCUAUGUGUAAGAAUUAAGGGGAAGGCCAACAAGGCUGACACCAUACUGGGAGUCUGUUAUCAUCCACCCGACCAGGAAGAAGAGGUAGAUCACUUAUUCUAUAAGCAGCUAGGUAAUGUUUCAAGAUCAUCAGCCCUUGUUCUUGUGGGUGACUUCAACCUACCAGACAUCUGCUGGGAACUUAAUACAACAAUAAAGAGGCAGUCCAGGAAAUUCUUAGAAUGUAUGGAGGACAACUUUUUGUCGCAGCUGGUGGGGGAACCCACCAGGGGAGGGACUAUGUUAGAUCUGCUGUUUGCAAAUAGAGAUGGGCUGGUGGGAGAUGUGGUGGUUGGAGAUCGCUUGGGGCAGAGUGAUCACGAAAUAAUAGAGUUCUCAAUAUUUGGUGAAGUCAGGAAGAGCACCAGUAAAACUCUUGCAUUGGACUUGCGGAGGGCAGACUUUGGCCUGUUUAGGAGACUUAUUCAAAGCAUCCCUUGGGAAGCAGUCCUAAAAAACAAAGGAGUUCAGGAAGGGUGGGCAUACCUCAAAACAGAGAUCUUGAGGGCACAGGAACAGACCAUCCCUGUGUGCUGAAAGAUCAGUCAACAGGGUAAACGUCCAGCCUGGCUGGGCAAGGAGAUUUUGGAGGAACUUAAGAAUAAAAAGAGGAUGUAUCAGCGUUGGAAGAAGGGUCAGGUCUCUAAGGAAGUAUUCAAGAAGGCUGCUAGAGCAUGCAGAAAAAAAAAUUAGGGAGGCCAAAGCUCAGUUUGAACUUAGAAUGGCAACUUCUCUAAAGGAUAAUAAAAAUUGUUUUUACAAAUACAUUAAUGGUAGAAGGAAAGGUAAGACCAGCCUUUGUUCUUUAUUGGACAAAGGAGGGAACUUAGUAUCUGAAGAUGAGGAAAAGGCAGAAGUGCUUAAUGCCUAUUUUGCCUCAGUUUUUAGUGGGAAGAUGACUUGCCCUCAAGACACCCGCCCGCCUGGGCUGGUUGAUGGUGACAGGGAGCAGAAUGGUCCCCACAUUAUCCAAGAGGAGGCAGUCAUAGAACUACUGAAAUGCUUGGAUAUUCAUAAAUCUAUGGGACCAGAUGGGAUCCACCCCAGGGUAAUGAGAGAGCUGGCAAACGAGCUUGUAAAGCCACUCUCCAUUGUUUACCAACAGUCCCGGCUCACUGGUGAGGUUCCGGAUGACUGGAAGCUGGCCAAUGUGAUACCCAUUCACAAAAAGGGUGCAAAGGAAGAUCCUGGUAAUUAUAGACCAGUCAGCCUGACCUCAGUACCUGGCAAAAUUAUGGAAGAGUUUAUAUUAAGCGCCGUCACGCAAAAUUUACAAGAUGGCCAGGGUAUCAGACCCAGCCAGCAUGGAUUUAGGAGGGGUAGGUCAUGUUUGACCAACCUGGUCACCUUUUAUGACCAGGUAACCUGCCUAGUGGAUGCAGGGAAGGCUGUAGAUGUUGUUUACUUGGAUUUCAGCAAGGCCUUUGACACUGUCUCCCAUAGCAUACUCCUAGACAAACAGGCAGGCCAUGGCUUGGACAGGAGCACUCUUUGCUGGGUUCAGAACUGGCUGCAUGGCCGGGCCCAGAGAGUGGUGGUGAAUGGUGCUGCAUCCAGCUGGCGGCCAGUCACCAGUGGUGUCCCUCAGGGGUCUGUGCUGGGGCCAGUUCUGUUUAAUAUUUUUAUUGAUGAUAUGGAUGAGGGUUUAGAGUCCUUUAUUAGCAAAUUUGCAGAUGACACUAAGCUGGGAACGUGUGUUGGUCUGUUAGAGGGACAGAGGGCUUUGCAGAGGGACUUGGAACGGUUGGAUGGAUGGGCAGAAUCUAAUGGGAUGAAGUUCAAUAAGUCCAAGUGCUGAGUCCUGCACUUUGGCCACAAUAACCCCCUGCACCGAUAUAAGCUGGGGACGGUGUGGCUGGACAGUGCUCAGGUGGAAAGGGACCUGGGGGUGCUGGUCCACAGCCGGCUGAACAUGAGCCAGCAGAGUGCCCAGGUGGCCAAGAGGGCCAAUGGCUCCUGGCCUGUGUCAGGAACGGUGUGGCCAGCAGGAGCAGGGAGGUCAUUCUCCCCCUGUACUCAGCACUGGUGAGGCCUCACCUGGAGUAUUGCAUCCAGUUCUGGGCCCCUCAGUUUAUGAGGAAUAUUGAGAUGCUUGAGAGUGUCCAGAGGAGAGCAACGAGGCUGGUGAGGGGCUUGGAGCACAAGCCAUACGAAGAACGACUGAGGGAGCUGGGGUUGUUCAGCCUGGAGAAAAGGAGACUCAGGGGUGACCUUAUCACUCUCUUCAACUUCCUGAAGGGUGGCUGUGGUGAGCUGGGGGUCGGUCUCUUUCUCCGGGCAACAACAGACAGAACAAGAGGACACAGUCUCAAGCUGCGCCAAGGGAGAUACAGGCUAGAAUUAAGGAGGAAGAAAUGUACAGAAAGAGUGGUCAAAUACUGGAAUCAUCUACCCAGGGAGGUGGUGGAGUCACCAUCCCUCGAAGAGUUUAAAAAAAGACCGGAUGUGGCACUUGGUGCCAUGAUCUAGUUGAGGUGUUAGAACAUGGGUUGGACUCGAUGAUCUUAAAGGUCUCUUCCAGCCUAGAAUUUGUGUGAUUCUGUGAUUCUGUAAUUACAGGAUCAGAGAAAUAGUUGCCUUGAGUUAUAAUCCUAUGUUAAAUGCUCUUGUACGUGGAAUCUGUGCAGAGUUUUCAUGCUUUUCAGCAAUGGAGACAUUCUACACCUCAUACAGAAGGCACUUUUUUGCUUUGUUGAUUCCUCAGUUCUUUUAAUUUUGCUCCUGUGGAUAACAGGAUUUUGUAGGAUCUCUGGAUGCAUGGAAGCCUUUAAUUGCUAAUUUCCCCUGUUGUACAAUACCAGAUCAAUCAAUAUGCAACUGUUACUGAAAAAAUUAAAAACAAUGCAUUGCAAACCUCCAGGCAUUUUAAUUUUUUGAGUUUUUUUGUAUGUCCCAGCUCAGCUAUAAUGUAAUGGACAUUUAGGUGCAGCACAGCAGUCACAUGAAGUUCAGUUUCAGAUUUGUUUGAAGCUAUUAGACACAAAAUACAGAGUACUUUUUAGGUGGAAUUUGCAUAAUUUUGAAAAUACGCACAGGGUAAGAGGAAGAAUUUAGAAAGUUUGUUUUCAGAUCUUUUGGAUUCAGAAUUUGCCAAUAAAUACAUUACCUCAAAGAAAUGAAUACUCUGAAGUCCAAACUCUUGACAGAAGCUAUGUGUGAUGAAGUAGCACUCUUUGUAAGCAAUUUCAUUAGAAUAAAUUUAAUUUGCAAUUUUACUUGGCUGUAAUGGUAAAUCCAUUUCAUUUUUCCCUUACCAAAAGAUUAAUGAGUGAAACCCACCAGUCUAACUAGAUAUUGAUUAAAAAUGAAGGAAUGUGUUUGCUUCUCAUGUUUG